AUGAACGGAGGAAUGACCAAUUUCAGGGAUUUCUUAUGUGGACCAGAGUCCCAAAGCUCAAAUCAGCGCCGCGGUGCCGACACAUCCAGCGACGCUCAGCCAGCCACGAAAGACGUAUUAGCAGAAGAUCCGCUGACGCGCAAAGCCAAUGGAGUAAUCGACGGAAUUGGCGAUUCUGUAAGCAGAAGUGUCCACCCAACACCCACGGAAAAUAUCCAAGCAAGAGUACCACAGCAAGACGGCGCACAAGCACCCCCGAAAGACAUCCUAGAUCUACCAGCGCAAGCAACGGACGCACUCAGAGAUAUACUCAAACCCGCAAUACCGAUCACCGGUGGUUUGGUGAACAAUGUGUUGAAUCAGGUCCUAGCGGGUCUAGGAUAG